GCGUGCAUUGUCCUCUGUGAGAGGUUGAAACGGGGCAGGGUAAAAACGACCCAGCAGGCUGUGCCUUUUAAAAGACCCGAGGAGACUAUAAAAGUGGUUUCAUGCCCGCUGCAAUGAAGACUCAGCUCGAUGUGCGCACAGACAGACGGAGGUAGUCAGAGCAGAUAGAGAAAGCAGGACAACACACACUUAACAACACCCACACACGCCGCAAUCGAGGUUUAUUUCUCAAAUGUCCGCUCUCUGUCAGAGGUAGUGCGGGAGUUUAUGGGGCGGCAGUUUUCUUUAGUUCACUUAGGACUUUAGGAGCAGGCUAUUUUACGCAUAAACGCGUGUUAGACAUCGUUUUCCACAGAAGUGCAUGUUUGCUACUUUUAGGAUGCGCGUCUUCUUCAGCGCCGUUUGACACAUUUCCCCCACCGAGCUGGAUUCACCAACCGGUCUGCUUUCUCAGCGGGGGAAGUUUAAACUUUUCUGGCCGUACUUUUGAUGCCACGGAAAUGGGACCGCGCCAACCGGAGAGCGUGUCCGCGCUUUGUAGAAAAAGUUUACUGUGGAUUGUGCUGAUACUCUGGCUGACCACGUUUGUUGACGGGACCUGGAAGACGGGACUUUACAAAACCUAUUCAGUCGGGACGCAGACAGCAGCCUCUCACACCUCAGUCUAUCAGAAAAGGAACUGGUGUCCUCAUACGAUCACUAAGACAGUGACUUGCCAGGUGCAGAAUGGGACAGUGCUGCAGCGAGUUUAUCAGUCGUGCCGCUGGCCGCAGGGAUGUACAGGAGGCAGCUACAAAACUGUUGUGAGACCUUCCUAUAAAGUGGUGUAUCGCACUGUGACCUCUCUGGAGUGGAAGUGCUGUCCAGGAUUCAGCGGCGCUGCCUGCGAAGAAGAUGCAGGGAACCAGCUCGUAGCUCAAGAGGCAGUGAGGAAACCAUCCACGCUACGCCGCCCGCCUGCACGCACAGGAGAGUCAAUCUCUAGUUGUCUCAACUGCAGUCGAAUCACAGCUUUGACUGACAGGCUGAGCUCACUGGAGGCGAAGGUCCAAUUGCUCACUGCCCCAGCGUCCAUAUCACAUCGCCACCUUCAGGGUAAAGGAGGAACUGCACCGGAAGCCUCAUUACUGAUGGGGGCUGUGCCCGCUCAGGGAGCUCCUGGUGAGCAGGGACCUGCAGGUCCUCAGGGUGAAAAGGGGAGAGAUGGGCUUCCUGGCAGAGAAGGGAAACCAGGGUCUCGAGGGCUGCCAGGUCCCAUUGGGCCUCGGGGGGAGGCUGGGACGAGGGGCCCAUCUGGAGCUCCUGGAUCCAAGGGAUCCGCAGGACCUGCAGGCCCUCGAGGUCCACCAGGACCCACAGGAGAGAGGGGUCUACCAGGCCCACCUGGCCCUCCAGGGCCUCCAGCUCCGGCCAGCGCCCGAAUCCCAGAACCAGACCACAGUCGUGGAAAAGAUCCCCUCUUCAGUAAUACUUUCCAUGACUCACAAGGGUUGCCUGUUCCAGGACCUCAGGGUCCCCCCGGGCCUAUUGGUCCCCCAGGUCCCAAAGGCCCAGUAGGACCUCCCGGCCCACAAGGACAGAAUGGGAAACCUGGAGCCCCAGGAACGCCGGGCCCUGUGGGGCCAAAGGGAGAUCGUGGGGAGAGAGGUCCUUUAGGUUACCCAGGAGAGAGGGGCUUCAGAGGCGAGCCGGGAGCACCGGGUCCAAAGGGAGAGCCAGGAGAGAAGGGCUUACCGGACAUUAGCUUGCAGAUGUUCCACGACUUGCAGGCAGACCUUGAGCUUCUGGCUCGCAGGGUGACGCUGCUGGAGGCGAUCAUUUGGCCAGAGCCUGAUCUAGGGUCUGGGGAUGGACCGUUUGGCACAGCCUCCCCUAGUUUCUACAGAGAUAAGCGAGCAGGUGCGCUUCCAUAUCGACUUGCUUCUCCUCUGUCCUCCAACACCAAGGUUCGAGGGAAGUAGCCCCCCCUGCUCACCCUGAGGAUCGCAGGCUGGGUUGACUCCCCCUCCUAUAGGUCUCACCGGCACUCAACAGAUUUAGACCUUAUCUGACACCCUCUGUGGGCUUUUACUGUCAGAUUUAGGAUGGGGGACACCUCAGGGAAACUCCACUGAUACUCCACUAUGCCCUCCUCCAUCGGGAACCUGAGAACUAGUUUGACCCCCCACAUUCAUCACCAUAAACACUUAUCUUUACAUAACACACCCAGCAGCUCCUUCUGUGUCUCAUUUCUCUGGCAACGCCUCAGAAAAAAAGAUGUUUAAUGUUUAAAAAAGAAAAAUCUGAAUCUUCUGAGGUGCUCCUCGAGUUACAAAGAGUUCUGGACAAUAAGGGUCAUUUAGAGUCAUCAACUAAAGGAGGAAUCAGAUGUCAGGAAACAGACUGGAUUUGCAUUGCUCUUACAAUGUAACUGCAAUCUGAAGAGAUUCCACUAUUUAAGUAUAUUGAGCAUGUACAGUUUGCAGGACACAAGUACACAAACAAACCUCUUCUUCUUCUAGUAUUAAUUUUGUUAUACUUCUAUCCUAUUGUUUAACUCAAUGUUAUGUAGUGCACUAAAAAGAUGAAGUCAUCUCUAUUCUAACUGAGAUACGUGUUGCUAACAGUGAUUUGUAGUUUUCUGGUGUGAGUGUUUUCCCCCUUUAAAGUACACACUGAUACAGUGAUGUAAUAUACAACAGUAGAUUUACUGUACAUUUAAUCUGUGCAAAGAGAAGCACAAACAUUUGGGUUUAGUUGCAUAUCAACGGAAACAGUCGUAACAUACAAAAAAGAAAACUGCGAACUGACUGUCCAUUUUAAGAUCUUUAACACACACAGAGGAAAUAGCAAAACUGUUAACGGAACUUGAACAUAUUUUUACCACUGUUGACUGCUUAAACUGUCCUGAUGAAAAGGCUUGAUAACUGUUUUUUCAUCUUAUAUCAAACUUAUUGUGAAACUAUUUAAAAUGAUCAAUUGUAUCUUAUUUUGUAUGCUGUUGUGUAACCAUUUCAUAUUUUAUUCAACAUUCUUUCUUGCAAAUGUGUUAUUGUGUUAAGAUAAUCCUGUCUAGAUGAUUGGUGUAAUAAAAUAAUGUUCAUUGUUUUUUUUUUUAACAUGUCACCUCUCUUUAUUUGUGUGAUUGAAGCGUAAAUAAAUGGCAUCUCCUCUC